AUGUUUGGUAUGACGAAAGUCGUACACCUAAAGUCAUGUCUUGAUGCCCGUAAUACCAAAUUUCUGCAAACGAGAAAAUGUAACCGUACAACAAUGAGUCCGAGUUAUUACCUCGUGCGUUUGUUUUGGCGUUACAUUUCUCCUUUGCUGUUGUUCACUGCACGAGCGCUGUUGCGUGGGCGCGUCACUUGUACACGCGUUGCGUUACGCCGCUAUUGGUUUCGAUGGAAAUCAAAAUGCGAGGCAUAA